CAAGCUACAAACUAGUGCUGCACAUAACCUCAAAGUUUAGACUUUUUGGCAGUUAUUGGCAAAACAAAAACAUGGGGAACGCAGACACAAAAUUAAAUUUUCGAAAAGCUGUAGUGCAACUGACAACCAAAACUGAGGCAAUAGAUGCGAACGACGAUGCCUUUUGGGAACAGUUUUGGUCAGAAAACGUUACAAAUGUGCAGGAUAUUUUUGCGUUAAUACCUGCAGCUGAAAUAAGGACUAUGAGAGAGGAGGCACCUGCAAAUUUGGCGACAUUAUGCUACAAAGCAGUUGAAAAGAUAGUAAAAGCAGUUGAUAACAGCUGUAGAACUCAACGAGAACAACAAACAGUAUUGAACUGCGUACGUCUUUUGACUCGCCUAAUGCCCUACAUAUUUGAAGACCCUGAAUGGAGAGGAUUUUUUUGGUCUUCUUUGCCAAGUCAAAAUGAUGAAGAAGAUGAAUCUAUACCACUUGCACAGUCUCUUUUGAAUGCCAUUUCUGAUUUGUUAUUUUGUCCAGACUUUACUGUUGUGGGAAGUCGUAAAUCGGGUCCAGAUAAGGCAGAAGAUCUGUCAGCAAUAGACAGCUGCGAGUAUAUUUGGGAAGCAGGUGUUGGUUUUGCUCAGUCGCCCCCGAGAGUCCAAACUUUUGAUUCUAACCGUACCGAACUUUUAACGUUCCUUUUGACAUGCUUCAGCGAAACCAUGUAUCAGCCACCUACAGAUAUAGCCCAAAAUCCAAACAAAUGGAUUUUAUAUUUUACUUCUUCUGAAAAUAGACAUGCUCUUCCCUUAUUUACGUCCCUAUUAAAUACAGUCUGUGCUUAUGACCCUGUGGGCUUAGGAGUGCCUUAUAAUCAUUUAAUCUUCAAUGAUUCUUUAGAACCCCUUGUAGAGGCAGCUCUACAAAUAUUGAUAGUAACACUGGAUCAUGAUACGAAUCCUGCCAAUGUUUGUGACACUGAGGAGUCCUCUGCCCCAGACAAUCUCUUCAUUAACUACUUGAGUCGAAUACAUAGAGACGAAGAUUUUAAUUUUAUUUUGAAAGGGGUAACAAGACUGCUUAACAACCCAUUGGUUCAAACGUACUUGCCCAAUUCGACCAAAAAAGUACAUUUUCACCAAGAACUUUUGAUAUUCUUUUGGAAAAUAUGCGACUACAACAAGAAAUUUUUAUACUUUGUACUGAAAAGUAGUGAUGUACUGGACGUAUUAGUUCCUAUUUUGUAUCACUUGAAUGAUUCUAGAGCUGAUCAGUCCAGAGUUGGUCUGAUGCAUAUUGGAGUAUUUAUACUUUUGUUACUGUCCGGUGAGCGUAAUUUUGGGGUAAGAUUAAAUAAGCCUUACACCGCAACUGUUCCCAUGGAUAUUCCCGUAUUCACCGGGACACAUGCAGAUCUCUUAAUUAUAGUUUUUCAUAAGAUUAUUACGACUGGUCAUCAACGACUUCAGCCGCUUUUUGAUUGUCUACUUACCAUCUUAGUUAAUGUUUCACCGUAUUUGAAGACGUUAUCGAUGGUAGCGAGUACUAAGCUUCUCCACCUUCUUGAGGCAUUCAGCACCCCAUGGUUUCUUUUUUCGUCACCUACAAAUCAUCAUCUUGUAUUCUUUCUACUAGAAAUAUUCAACAACAUAAUACAAUAUCAGUUUGAUGGUAAUUCUAAUCUGGUCUACACCAUUAUACGUAAACGACAAGUGUUUCAUAGUCUUGCUAACUUACCCAGUGACUACAGUAGUAUUGCCAAAUCUUUGAAUAAAAGGUCAAAACGGCCGGCCCUUUCUAAUGCAACGAGUCACGAAAGUAUAUCCGAGAUAGCCAUGGAAGGAUCGCAUCCAGCGUUACCAGCUGAACCGGGUACACUAAAGGCAACACUGGCUGCAACCCCCCAAAUAACCCAGAUGACCGAAAAAGAAUCUGCCCAUCCCAUCACUUCGCACAUGGAACAGGUUAAUUUGACCAACGGUAUAACAACUCUCAGCUUGAACUCCCCGGAAAAGGGUGGAGGAGACGACUCUGCUCCUGAAGAGGGAAAAGAUGAAGUCAGUAACAGUCAGCCUUCCUCACCAGAAAUAAAACAGAAAGAGAUUUGCAUCCAGUCAAAAGAGUCUUUAAGCAGUGUGAAGCCUAGUAUACAAACACGAAAUAGUCUUCGCGUAAGUUCUUCAGUAGAAAAAUCAAACGGUCAGUGGGUUCCAACAGGCGAAUGGGUUCACUCCUGGAAGAGUAAACUACCAUUACAAACGAUUAUGAGACUUCUUCAGGUUUUGGUGCCGCAAGUUGAGAAGAUUUGUAUAGACAAAGGCCUAACUGAUGAGAGUGAAAUACUGAAAUUUCUGCAACACGGCACUCUGGUAGGUCUGUUGCCUGUUCCCCAUCCGAUUUUGAUAAGAAAGUAUCAAGCUAACGCCGGUACUACCACUUGGUUUAGGACCUACAUGUGGGGUGUUAUUUAUUUAAGAAAUGUUGAUCCUCCCGUAUGGUAUGAUACUGACGUGAAACUUUUUGAAAUACAAAAGGUCUAAGAAGUCUGAAGGGCAAA